CCUAGUGGCCAGAAACUGCCAGUACAAGAAGGACGUGCAACAAACUACUGGGUAGGAAAGAGGUCAUUAGCGUGUUCACCACAGGGCUUGAGACAGAUAGCGGUUCUCCUUCCGUGCCUGACAAACACACUAACAUUUUUCAAAACACUAUGAACAGGCCAAUCGUGCCGUUGACCUCCUGGUAAAAUUAAUGAAAAUGCUCCAUGCGUGUUAUUCUGUGCUAGAAGAUGGCGGAGUCGGAUGGCAGGGAUUUUGCUUCAAAAAAUCCACAGAGCAGUAUGGCUAACAAGAAUAGCACCCUGCGCUGUACAUUCUCGGCCUCAAGCCACAGUACCACCCUCCUCCAGGGCUUGUCGGUCUUGCGUGCUCAGGGCCAGCUACUUGACGUUGUGCUGGCCAUCAAUGAGGAGCGCUUCCAGGUCCACAGAGCUGUGCUGGCCGCUUGUAGUGAUUACUUCAGAGCAAUGUUUACUGGAGGCAUGAGGGAGUCGAAUCAAGAUACCAUUGAGCUGAAGGGUCUGUCCGCCCGUGGGCUGAAACAUAUCAUUGACUUUGCCUACAGUGCAGAAGUCACUUUAGACCUGGACUGUAUUCAGGAUGUCCUUGGGGCAGCUGUGUUUCUCCAGAUGGUCCCAGUUAUGGACCUCUGUGAGGAGUUCCUCAAGUCAGCAAUGAGCGUGGAGACCUGCCUGCACAUCGGCCAGAUGGCCACUACCUUCAGCCUGUCUUCCCUUAAAGAGUCGGUGGAUGCCUUCACCUUCCGCCACUUCCUCCAAAUUGCAGAGGAGGAGGACUUUCUGCAUAUUCCCAUGGAGCGCCUCGUCUUCUUCCUGCAGAGCAACAAACUGAAGAACUGUAGCGAGAUCGACCUCUUC